UCCACGACCGCCAUGAUUUCAACGACUACUCCUUGGCUGAAGAUCGGUCUCUUGCUCAUUGCAGCAGCAUCUGUCGACGCAUCGCUAUCUCCACCACAGCCUCCAGUGCCACCAAAACAACAGACGGGACCUAGUUUAUUCAAUCGCGUUAGCCUCACCUGGGUGCUGGCCAUCAUUGAUGCCGUCAUGACGCUAUGCACAGUGUACGCACCUACAUCUGCCGCGGCCGUCUCCCUAUGCCGGCGCGCGCCGUCAUCACCGACAGCCCUCACGAUCCCCGGCACACUCUUCGUCGUGGCAGUCGCCAGCUGUGUUGCCGGCGCGCUGCUCCGCAAGUGGUGUUACGUUACUCUUGGCCGGCUCUUCACCUUCGAAGUGAGCAUCAUGCCGAAGCACCAGCUCGUCGUCUCCGGCCCUUAUGCAUGGAUCCGGCACCCGAGCUAUACGGGGCUGCAUCUCACGCUCGUCGGCGUGACCGUCAUGCUCGGCGCGCGGGGGUCGUGGGCGAGAGAGUGCGGGAUGCUGGGAUGGGGGAGCACAGCUGAUGUUCUUGCGUGGUGGUUCGCGGGGUUCUGGGUCGUUAAAUGCGGGUUCGCAGUAUACAGCACGAUGAAGAGGGUUCGCGUCGAGGAUGGGGAGCUGCGGAAGACGUUCGGACCCGCCUGGGAAGAGUACGCCAAGAGAGUCAAAUUUGCGCUGGUUCCCUGGGUGUUCUAG